AUGUCAGAAGCACCGUCAUCUUUUCUGUCGGCAGCACCAUCGUUGUUCCUGUCGACGGAACCCCCUUCGGAAGCACCAUCUACGGCACCCUCAUUUGAAGGCGAAGUCGAGAGCACCAUUGUGGGAUGGAGCGGAAUCACGGCCACGUUGAUUGCAGCCUUGGCACAGACGACUGCGUUUUACAUAUUUUUCAUGUUUCAGCGCAGUCGAGAAAAGGCCAAAUCCAGCUACAGUUUGUACGAACCUCGUCAAUUCAACUUUUCACAUCGUUCGCCUUCUCCGUUUGCGGACAAUUGGAUGUUGGAGGCUUGGAAGGUGGAUAAGGAAACCUUGCGUCGCAGUGUCGGUUUGGAUUCCUACAUGUAUUUGCGCUUUUUGCGCUUGGGGGCUCGGAUCUCCGGCAUGGGUGUCUUGGCAAGCAUCAUUUUGCUGCCAGUCUAUGCCACAGGAUUGGAGCGCGGGGAUGACACCGUGCAAUUCAAUCAGCUUACCUUGGCGCGAGUCUUGCAGGGCAGCGAUCGGAUUUGGGGCACUGUCUUACUCUGGUGGAUCUUUAUUGCCUUUAUUCUAAACGAGUUUUGGAAAGAAUGGAUGGAAUAUCAAGACAAUCGCCGCGAUUUCUUGGCCAAGGGAGAUCCGGAUGGUAGUUUGGAUAUGCGGUAUGCAUUGUUGGUCGAAGAAUUGCCUGCUUCGAAACAAUCGGACGAAGCAUUGGCGGCUCAUUUUGAGGCCAUUUUCCCAAACAAAGUGCGUCAAGCCACUGUCUUGCGAGAGCUAACGCCACUGGAACAAAAGAUUGCCGAACGUCAAGUUGCCAUUGAAAAUGUCGAAAAGGCCGAAGCCUUCAUCAUGGCUCGGCCCGAAAAGCCACGACCCACCAUGAAAAUCAACUCCAAAGUGCCCUGUAUGGGAGAAACAGUCGAUAAGAUUGAUCACAAUGUGGCUGAAUACGAACGUUUGAACAAGGAAAUUGAUCAAAUGCGCAAGUCCUCGGAAAUUGUGGACGAUGCCAUACUGUUGGAAAAUGCGGUCGAACGGUCGGGAUCGGAAGGACAAGGACUCUUCAAGGCUUCCACGACCGGUGUCAUUACCUUUACGUCACUUAGUGCCAAGGAAUCGGCCAUGGCGGGGCAUUACAAGGGACUCAAGGUCUUUGCGGUGGCGGAUCCCGAGCAUUCCAUUCUCUGGCAAAAUGCUACGGUUCCUUACUCCAAACAACGUAUCUUUGAACUUGUGGCCUCUGCCUUGUGGACUGUGGGUAUCUUGUUUUGGGCCGUUCCCGUUACCCUAGUGGUGGCCAUCGCCAAUUUGGAUUCCAUUUUCAAGACGCUUGGUUUGCGAUCAAUUGAUUCCACCUCGGCGGCCUACGGUAUCAUUGCCGGUCUCUUGCCAGUCAUUGCCUUGGCCGUAUUAAUGGCAGUCUUGUACAUGUCCAUUGUCGCAGCGGGACAGAAAUUCAUCAAGUUCAAGUCUGCCCCUGAAGUGGAUGCUUACACCUUUCAUUGGCACAUGCUCUUUCAAUUUGCAAAUCUAUGGUUGAUUCUCAUUGGUGGUUCCUUUUUCAAUCAAGUCGAUGCCAUUUUGGCAGAUCCAACCUCGAUAGUAGGGAUCAUUGCGGGGGCACUUCCAGGAGCAUCUGUCUUUUUUGCCAACAUGCUCAUUGUCAAGGGAAUUGGUAAUUUUGGACUCGAACUAUCCAUGCUACCAGCCUAUGGGCUAACCUUUGUCAUGAGUCUCUUGGCACCAGAAUCCCAGCGGACGCAGCGCAUGCUGGAUGCCAGCAAGACACCGCCGGAAAUCAAGUGGGGGCAAAAAUUACCGGAUUCCAUCUUUGUCUUUUUGGUCAUGAUUCUCUACAUGCCCAUUGUUCCAUUGAUGGAAUUGUUUGCCUUUAUCUACUUUGGUGGAAUGUACAUUGUCUGGACGCAUCAGUGCCUUCAUGUCUAUGCCCAAGCUUCGGAUGGUGGCGGUGUCACGACUUGGCAAACUCUCUUUGGAUUUCUCAUCGUUUGCUUGUACAUGGGCGAAGCUGUCUUUAUUGUCUAUAUGGGACUCAAGGAAGCACCAGGUCCAGCGGCAUGUGGAUUUGUUCCUUUGGUUGUGACGAUUAUUUUCCACAAGUACAUUAAUCAAAAGAUUGUGUACAAUAUUGGAAAUUUGGCACUUGAUGUUGCCGCAGAGAUUGACAAGGACAAUGGAGAGUUGGAACGUCUGAAUGGAACUUCUAUUGAAGACAAGGUCUUUGGUCAACCAGCUCUCAAGCUUGCGAAUGAAGAACGAGAACCAAUGCCAUAUCGUCGCAGUGAGGUUGCUACUGAUCCGUUCCGUGAUCCAAACAGGGGGACCGAAGAUGAUGGUAAGCAACCUAAUUAUGAUGAACAUGAUGACCCUAUUCAUGUAGUAGGAGUUUACGAGCCUAAUCAUGAUGAACUAUACAAGGACGCCCAAGAGAGUGAUCAUUUUUCCUGCUAA